GUUAUGUCAUUUCAUCUCCUGCUAAAACUAGUCGUGAUUCGUCGUCUCUGUCAUUGAGCACAUCUCUCUACCAUUCCUGAGAAUUUUGAGCCAAAUCCUUCAUCACCAAGCCAAGUCUCAAGAACACGUUUUCCGAUUCGUAAUUGCUGCUCUUCGGUGUUAAUCUACUCAAUUAUGGAUCGCGAUUCUAUACGAUUUAUCUGAUUGUGGUUUGGUUGACUUCUUCUUCUCUAGAGGCUUCACGAGUUCAAAAAUGAGUCAGAAGGGUUUGAUAUAUAGCUUUGUUGCUAAAGGAACAGUUGUUCUAGCGGAGCAUACUCCUUAUUCAGGCAACUUUAGCACCAUUGCUGUUCAAUGUCUGCAGAAGCUACCCACUAAUAGCAGCAAGUAUACUUACUCUUGCGAUGGUCAUACUUUCAAUUUCCUUGUUGACAAUGGUUUUGUGUUUCUUGUCGUUGCUGAUGAGUCCACUGGAAGAAGUGUUCCUUUCGUGUUUCUUGAACGGGUCAAGGAAGACUUUAAGAAGCGGUAUGAAGCGAGUAUAAAGAAUGAUGAGCGACAUCCUCUUGCAGAUGAGGACGAAGAUGAUGAUUUGUUUGGAGAUCGGUUUAGCAUUGCAUACAAUCUUGACAGGGAGUUCGGGCCCAUACUUAAGGAGCAUAUGCAGUAUUGUAUGAGCCAUCCAGAAGAGAUGAGCAAACUUUCAAAGUUGAAGGCCCAAAUAACUGAGGUCAAGGGGAUCAUGAUGGACAACAUUGAGAAGGUUCUGGACAGAGGAGAGAAGAUCGAACUUCUGGUUGACAAAACCGAGAACCUACAGUUUCAGGCGGAUAGCUUCCAGAGACAAGGAAGACAGUUAAGAAGGAAGAUGUGGCUACAGAGUCUGCAGAUGAAGCUGAUGGUGGCUGGUGCUGUUCUCUCGUUUAUUCUCAUCGUUUGGGUUGUUGCUUGUGGAGGUUUCAAAUGCUCAUCAUGAUGUUUCGCUUCGUUUGUACCUGUUUUAACACUUAAAUCGCAUGCUCAUGUUUGUACAUGGAAGAAUUUAUAAUAACAUAUCAUCAUCAUCUCCCA